AAUGAAGAAAAAAGAAGCUUAUAACAUAAAGCUAAAGCACUACCUCUUUAAAAAACCAUACCUUGCCUCCAUGCCUUAAUUUCUACAAUCUUUAUUUCCUUUUGAAGUUUGGCAUCCCCUCCCUUCCUCACCAAGUAAUUUGGUCCCCUCUACUUAUUUGCAUUUCGCGCUCUCACUUACACACUUGUCAGAGAUCACACUACCAGUAUAAACCGUUAUUUUUUCAUACGAAAAAAAGAGUAGAAGAUGCAUACAGAUUGGGGACCUGCAGCUGUAGCAGUGGUUAUGUUUAUAUUAUUGUCCCCUGGGCUGCUAUUUCAACUACCCGCAAGGACAAGAGUAAUAGAAUUUGGGAAUAUGUACACUAGUGGCAUAUCGAUCCUAGUUCAUGCGGUUUUGUACUUUUGUAUUUACACCAUCUUGGUUGUAGCUAUUGGUAUUCACAUUCGUACGUGAUGAUUAAUUUCUUGCUUUAAGCUAAUUAGGCUUUCGGUUAUAUACGUUUUUGUUGUUAUUGGAGAUGGUGAAUUUUCUUUCUAGCCUUGUUUUCAUAACGUAAGUUUUUCCGGUAUCAUACUAUUUUGCAUAUAUAUUGGAUCGGUUCGUAGUAUUGUAAUAAGCUAAUAAAUGUUUUCUCAUGUCAUAUAUUCAUUGUUUUGAUCCUAUAUGGAGUUUCAA